AUGUCGUUGGAGCUGAAAACGAGCAGGGAGGAACUUUUAGAAGUUGACAUAUGUGACGGCGUCGUGUGUUCCGAGGACGAGAGUGGAGUUUAUGUGAACUGUAGCGCGUCGAUCGAUGAUUUCUGCGGCUUCCAGCGGUGGACCGACCCGGACCCGGCCCACACGACAAAUGACACAUCAUCACCGGAGCAGGAGGCACCGCCUGCCCCCCGAAGGAGCAGCUCGGCCGCCCAUGGCGACUCUGAGUCCCCGGGAGACGGAGCCAAAGUCCCGCGGACCUCCAUAGUGGACUGCCUGCUGGUGGAGCUCUACGAGACGUACGGAGGCAGCAGGAGGAAUGUGGACAGCUGGGACAGCUCCACGGAGGCGUCCGGUUCGGAUGCCUUCCUGGGCCGCAGUAACUGCGGCUCCGGUUUCCUCCAGGAGCUGCAGGAGAAGCACACCAGGAGGCACCAGGUGAACUACCUGGCCCAGAAAGACCUGGAGGAGCUGCAGUCCAUCAUCCAGGAGGUCAAAUAUCGAUCCUGCCUGCAGUCAGCCAAGCUGAUCCGCCAGCUGAGGAGACGCGACCGACUUUGCCACAAACGGCAGAAAAACUAUGACAUCAUCACAGCGUGCCUUCAGGCUGUCUCACAAAAGCGACGAGUUGACACGAGGCUGAAGUUCACCAUUGAACCCUCGCUGGGAAAGAACGGCUUCCAGCAGUGGUAUGACGCUCUUAAAGCUGUGGCCAGGCUUCCUACUGGGAUACCAAAAGAAUGGAGACAGAGGGUUUGGCUCACACUGGCAGACCAGUACCUCCACAGCAUCUCCAUCGACUGGGAGAAAACUCUUCGUUUUGCCUUUAACGAGCGCAGCAACCCGGACGACGACUCCCUCGGCAUCCAGAUCGUCAAGGAUCUGCACAGGACAGGCUGCAGUUCUUACUGUGGCCAGGAGGGGGAGCAGGACAGGGUGGUGCUGAAGCGGGUGCUGCUGGCGUACGCCCGCUGGAACAAAGCUGUGGGUUACUGCCAAGGCUUUAACGUCCUGGCUGCUCUCAUACUGGAAGUUACAGAAGGCAACGAGAGCGAUGCUCUGAAGGUGAUGAUCUAUUUGAUCGACAAGGUGCUGCCAGACAGUUACUUUGCAAACAACCUGCGAGCUUUGUCAGUUGACAUGGCGGUGUUCAGAGAUCUGCUGCGUCUGAAGCUGCCCAGGUUGUCUCAGCACCUCCAUCACCUUCAGAAAGCAGCCAACCGAGAAGCAGGAGGCAGCUAUGAGCCUCCUCUGACCAACGUCUUCACUAUGCAGUGGUUUCUGACCAUGUUCGCUACCUGCCUGCCGGCGCCCACCGUCCUGAAGAUCUGGGACUCGGUUUUCUUCGAGGGCUCAGAGGUUCUGUUUCGAGUGGCUCUCGCCAUCUGGGAGAGACUGGGAGAGAGGAUCGAGUAUUGUCAGACAGCGGAUGAGUUUUACAGCACGAUGGGUUGUCUCACUCUGGAGAUGCUGGAGCACAACCUGAUGGACCCGGCUGAACUCAUGCAGGAGGUUUACUCCAUGGCCGUGUUUCCCUUCCCCCAGCUGGCUGAGCUGAGAGAGAAAUACACCUACAACAUCACUCCAUUCCCUACCUCGGUCAAGUCCAACGGAAGCGGCGGUCGGAGCAGCUGGGAGAGCGAUGACGAUGCCGACAUGGACGACGAAGACUCUGUGGCGACUGCGCUCGGCUGUCUGGGGCCUCUGGGUGGCCUACUUGCCCCCGAGCUGCAGAGAUACCACAAGCAUCUCAAAGACCAGCGAGCGGAGCAGGGGAACAUUGCGGAACUGAGUCCAGGUGCGGUGGGAGCUGGAGGAGGAGCAGGAGGAGGUGCUAAAGCAGAACAUCAGGCGGCCAUCAACAGUAUGAUGAUGGAGAGGAUGAGCACCGAUAUCUCCGCGCUGAAGAAGCAGUAUGCACGAAUCAAGAGGCGGCAGCAGCAACAGGCUAUGCAGCUCUACAUCCGCACAGGACCUGGACCUGAAGUGGCCACAAGUCCAGGGGUUCUUCAGGAUGGUUCCAACAAACACUGCAAAUGUUCUGACCACCACGCUGACGACAAGUGUCCCGCCACGCGUGUUCUGGCCUCCCAGCUCAACCCGUCUGGUUCAGUCAUCAACCACCUCCUCCUGAGUCGAAAACAGCACGGCGGCUCCCGAAGCUGCAGACCGAUGUCUGCCAGCACCCCCUCGCUCCCCGGAUCCAGAUCUGUUCCUCUGUCCCUCGGCGGGGGGUCUCCGUCCAGGCAGCGCUGCAGCUCGCUGCUCUCCAACAGCACCGGAUCUCCUGGGAGCUGCGGAGGAGGCGCCGGGUCUCCCUGGCGUGCUCACGUCCGGCAGCAUCGCAGGAACAUCGCCAGAGCUCGAGCACAGCUGGGGUUUGAAGAUUCAGAAGAAAGGGUAGAUGAUGAGGAGGACGAUGAAGAGGAGGAGGAUGGAGAAUCAGUUGGGGUGGAGGAUGAGGGGAGGAAGAAUAAAGAAGAGGAGAGUGACUCCUCUGUGGCUCCAUCUCUUGAAGCGUCUGGUCAAAGUUCGGUGGGCGAGGAGGCUCCUCAGGCUUCAGACGACAUAAAAAAGACGGAUGUUGAGGAGGUGGUGGUGCAGCUGGACUCCCUGGAUCUAGAGACUGAGCAGACUUCCCUGGACCAGCCGGACACACAGUCUGAACUGAAAGAAAGUGCACCUCCUCCCCUGAUUCCUCCUCUCCCCACACCUCUGUCCUCAGACAGACAAAAUGGCUCUCCCUCCAGUGGUUCUGAAAAACACUGUCCUCGUAUUUCUCUACCUCCUCCUCCUUCCACAUCAAGUCCACCCCCCUCUCCAGUUACUCCUUCUCCUGGUCCACCUUCCUCCCUCUGUCCCUCUCUGACUUCCACUCCUGCACCAUCCUCUCUCAACAAAACCUGCUCCCCCUCCACCCCCUCGCUCUGCUCCGUUUCAUCAUCUAGAUCCAAUCUCUCCUCCUCGCCGUCGAGGUUCUCGUCAGCCGCCUCCGCUCCCAAGCAGCAGGUCUUCUCUCCGUUCCCUUCAAUAAAGCAGCCCAGGAAGUCGGCGGCGGCCAGAAACCUGGGCCUUUACGGGCCCACGUCCAGAACGCCUACGGUCCACUUCCCUCAGCUCAGCCGCAACCUGAACCGGAGCAGCAGCGCCGCCGCCGGGGCGACGGGGAGACGAUGAAGACACGAUAUAAAAGGUUUACACCACAUUGCCUCCUGCUUCUAGAGCAACCAUCCGCUAUCUGAAGGAGAAAGAUUAUAAAAUACGAAGCACAGAUAUUUGAAGUGUUUACUGAUGCUCACUAAUCCUGCAAUUUACAAGCCAUUACCAAGAAACCAUGACGACGUAGAUGACUUUAAAGUGAAAGGAAUGUUUCUCUGUCGGUAUGAAGAGAUUGGGUCGGUAACGAGCCCUUUAGUGACCAACAAAGGUCCCACUUGACCCGACUGGAGUCUCUAAACUGUCGCGGUUGAAACAUUCAGGCUUUCUUGCCGUUUAUCCUCCUGGACUGAAACAUUCGAUCAAUGCUUCCAUCUUGAGUUUUAUGGACCGUGGUGGAAAACGAAGUAUUUCUGUUCUCGCUGCACAAUAGCCAUACAAUUGUUCCUAUGCCAAGUAUUUAAGUACACGUUAAAAUAUGCCUCAGAAGUCCUGUAAACCUGCCAACUGCAAUGAUGUC